AAGUGAGGGCCAUAGACAAAAUAGGGAGAGGACGGACAAGAAUUACAAUAGUACCAUGAAGCUACUUCAUAAUGCCUAUAUGUAAAUUGAUGGACCAUCUCUCUUUGAUGUCAGAAGUGGGUUCCUAGGAGGGAUGUGAAUGAGGAGAAGGAGUAGGGAUAUGUCCUCAGCACCAACCACUCCUCCGUCAGUGGAUAAAGUAGACGGAUUUUCUCGGAAGUCCGUCAGAAAAGCCAGACAGAAGAGGUCACAAAGCUCCUCCCAGUUUAGGUCUCAGGGCAAGCCUAUUGAAUUAACUCCUCUGCCUUUUCUAAAAGACGUUCCAUCUUCAGAGCAGCCUGAACUGUUCCUAAAGAAACUUCAGCAGUGCUGUGUAAUUUUUGACUUCAUGGACACACUAUCAGACCUUAAAAUGAAAGAAUACAAGCGCUCCACUCUUAAUGAACUGGUGGACUACAUUACAAUAAGCAGAGGCUGUUUGACAGAGCAGACUUACCCCGAAGUAGUUAGAAUGGUAUCUUGCAAUAUAUUUAGAACUCUCCCUCCUAGUGACAGCAAUGAAUUUGAUCCAGAAGAAGAUGAACCCACCCUUGAGGCAUCAUGGCCACAUUUACAGCUUGUGUAUGAGUUUUUCAUACGAUUUUUGGAAAGCCAAGAAUUCCAACCUAGCAUUGCUAAAAAGUACAUAGAUCAGAAAUUUGUAUUACAGCUUUUGGAGCUAUUUGACAGUGAAGACCCUCGAGAACGAGACUACCUAAAAACAGUCUUACAUAGAAUUUAUGGCAAGUUUCUUGGUCUUAGAGCAUUUAUCCGAAAACAGAUUAACAAUAUUUUUCUACGGUUUGUUUAUGAAACUGAACACUUCAAUGGUGUAGCUGAACUGCUGGAAAUAUUAGGAAGUAUUAUCAAUGGUUUUGCUUUACCUCUUAAAGCAGAGCAUAAACAGUUUCUGGUGAAGGUGCUGAUUCCUUUACAUACUGUCAGGAGUUUAUCACUCUUCCAUGCACAGCUGGCAUAUUGUAUAGUACAGUUUCUGGAGAAAGAUCCUUCACUCACAGAGCCAGUCAUUAGAGGUUUAAUGAAAUUCUGGCCGAAAACCUGCAGUCAGAAAGAGGUCAUGUUCCUUGGGGAGCUGGAGGAGAUCUUGGAUGUGAUUGAACCUUCACAAUUUGUCAAAAUUCAGGAACCUUUAUUUAAACAAAUUGCCAAGUGCGUCUCUAGUCCUCACUUUCAGGUGGCAGAAAGGGCGCUGUAUUAUUGGAAUAAUGAAUACAUCAUGAGUUUGAUAGAAGAGAACUCCAACGUUAUACUUCCCAUCAUGUUUUCCAGUCUUUAUAGGAUUUCCAAAGAACACUGGAAUCCGGCUAUUGUGGCUUUAGUCUACAAUGUAUUGAAGGCGUUUAUGGAAAUGAACAGCACCAUGUUUGACGAGCUGACAGCCACUUACAAGUCAGAUCGUCAGCGCUUAUCCAAAGCGGCAGGUGAAAAAAAUGAGGAAACUUCGGGAACUCCGGGCAGUUUGCGACUUCGUUUAAGUCAUGCCUUUUGUGUGACUCGGGGUUCCCACAAGCAAAGCGAAGGGUACUGUAUGUCAUCAAACCUUGUUAGAGAGAAGAAGAAAGAGAAGGAACGUGAAGAACUGUGGAAAAAACUGGAGGAUUUGGAGUUAAAGAGAGGUCUUAGACGUGAUGGAAUAAUUCCAACUUAACAAAAGAAACAAAGCUGCAUUAUUAACCUGUGGAGUCACACAUUUAUGUAGUAGAAGAUGGAGCAACAGUUUUCUGUAUUGUGCAACUUUACAGUAGAUUUCACAUUUGUUUCAUUAUUACAACAGCACUGUAUAUAACUGUCUCAAAGUAAAGGAAAAAAAUAAGGACUUUUAUCCAAAGUUUGGACAGCAGAUGGACUUCUCAGAACUUUGCAACAUAAUCAUUGUUUUGACCCUUCUUUAAAACCAGUCUUCAAAGAUCUGUUGAUGAAAAUUGCUAUGUCAAAAUUCCAUUGUCAGGACCUGUUCCUUAUUUAUCAUUAGCAGAGAAUAUGAUACAACUUUCAAAUGUGAAUAAACUUAAAUUUAGCUUGCCUUUCUGCUAAACUGUUAAAUGUAUUUAUAGUAAAAGAGAAAAAAGAUUGUCAUUUCCUUUUGAGUUUGUGUAACAUCCUCCUUCUCUGGAUAACUUUACUGUAAUUUGACAUUUUUUUCCCUUUUGCACAUCUUCAUAAGUUGAAUGUCCAUGCAGAUCAGGGCCAUGAAAAAUAUAGGUUUUUAAGGUUCUGUUUACUGAUGUGAGUAUCUUUCUGGUACCAGGCUAGUAUUGGUACUCCUUCAAUUUAAACAUUAGGAGUAAAAAUAAAGAGGUGAUAAACAUAGUAGGGAAGGAAAUUUCAGAUUAAUGCGUCAAUUUAUUGUGAAUCCACACGUCUUGAAUCCUUUGAAAAUGGGCAAUAGUAACACCAUGAACUUCAGUACCUAACCAGUAUUAGUUACAUGUCAUUGGACACACAUACCAGAGCUGUUUUGGUACUACUAAUGGCUAAAUGAUUAGAAUAUAUAUACGUUUUAUUGGACCAUUUUGAAAUUAUAACGACAAACGCUAAACAGUACAAGCAUGAAAUUGAUCUCCAGUGGUCAUGGGUCUAAUUGGGAACAGAGUUGAGCAAACAGUUUGGACUGUUUGGAGUUGUUGCCUUACUUUUUAAUAUGUAUUUAUAAAGUAUUCCAGCAAAAGAGGAUGUAGCCUCUAAAAACAUACUAUAGUGUUUUUGUGACUGUAGUACUAUUACUCAUCACAGCGCCAGCCCUAUGGUUUUAGCUGGAAAGGAUUCUGGAUAAUAUACUUCUGUAUUCUGAAGUCGAUGCUCAUUCCUGACUACUGUAUUUGUUACCAAAAGUGGUUCUACAAAUGCUACUGAAAAAAAAUUCUGGAAAUCCUAAUGUCCUGAGUAUUAAUAAUAAAGUUUAAAAUGCUUUUAUAUCAAAGGUGCAUUGUGACCAAAUUGUUUAAAAAAAAAAAAAAAAAAAAAGAGGGCUGUAUUAUAAGUAUGCAUUAUUGGCUAUCUGCUUUGUAUUUAAAAGUGGAAUCUUACAUCUUUGAUCGGUAAAAUGCUGAUAAGACUUAUGUACAGUAUAUAUUUAGCUAAUGCAGUUGCAUUAUUUUAUACCGAAGGUAUGUGUUUCAGGAUUUUUCUCCAGGAUGCUUUUGAAUUGUUAUAGACAAGUGACAACAGUGAGUUGAUAAUCCUAAACCAUCAAUCCAGCAGUAUUUAUGGUAUAAAACUGACUUGGUGUUCAUGAGUCUGUGUGUUAGUUGCAAACAUGAAUUUAUGACCUGUUGCCAUUGAUAGAAAUACACUAUAAGUAUGAGCUUGUAUAUUUUUCUUCCUACCAUUCAAAUAUACAGUAGAAUUUGAGGUUUUCUUAUUUCCAGGUGCAAAACAAAACAAAAAGGUGGGAGGGGAGCAGGAAUCCAAUCCCAGGUUACUGACUGUUUCAGGAUUAUCAGGUCACAGUUUGUACACAUGGGUCUGCACAUUGGAUGUUGUAAAUGCAACAACUUUGUAAAAACUUGACUCUGUUAAUUCUGGAAAAAGAACAGAAGUAAACUAGUCAUAUGCAACACAAAACAUCACAACAUGGUUUAAUGGGAUUAAUAUAAGCCUCUUAUAAGAACACUGACUGGGACACAAUGUAAACUUGGCAGAUACUGUCAUAAGUGAAACAUUUUAUUUUAAAAGUGCUGGAACAAAGGUGCAAGCUCAAAAACUGAAGAUUAAAUAAAUUUAUAACAAA